CUCUGCGCAUGCGCACUGAGCCGGAGAAUUGACAUCGCGGAGCAGUACUGCAAUAUCCAUCGAUUCGCGACCGAAGAUUAUCCAUCUGCAUUCUUGCAAGACUGGUGCCACCUGUACAUAUUAAUCCAUAACAACUGUGUCAUUAAAGCAAUCAUGUCCAUGGGAAGUGACUUUGGGAACCCUUUACGGAAAUUCAAACUUGUUUUUUUAGGGGAGCAAAGCGUUGGGAAGACAUCGCUGAUAACAAGGUUCAUGUAUGACAGUUUUGACAACACUUAUCAGGCAACUAUUGGCAUUGACUUUUUAUCAAAAACCAUGUAUCUGGAGGACCGAACUGUGAGGUUACAGCUAUGGGACACUGCAGGGCAGGAGCGUUUUAGGAGUCUUAUCCCGAGCUACAUUAGAGACUCCACAGUGGCUGUGGUGGUGUAUGAUAUCACAAAUAUCAAUUCAUUCCAGCUAACCUCUAAAUGGAUUGAUGAUGUCAGAACAGAGAGGGGAAGUGAUGUCAUUAUCAUGCUGGUGGGCAAUAAAACAGAUCUAGAGGAAAAGAGGCAAAUCACUAUAGAGGAGGGGGAGCAGCGGGCCAAGGAGCUGAAUGUGAUGUUUAUCGAGACUAGUGCAAAGACCGGCAGUAAUGUUAAACAGUUGUUUCGGCGAGUGGCCGCUGCUUUGCCUGGAAUGGAAAGCUUGGAUGAUAAUAACAAAGAAGGAAUGAUUGACAUUAAGCUGGACAAACAGCCGGAUCCUCCGGCCACUGAAAGCGGCUGCUCCUGUUAGUAGAAAGUGGUCUGGACCUUCAUUAACACCACACGCUUGUUCUGUUGCUUCCUAUGGGUCCACGUCCAGUUGAACUUUAUGAUCGGAUAUAGGCUUUUUACAUCUCUCUGAAUGGGUCUAAAAUUAUACUCCUCAGUUGCAAGAACAACAAAAAAAAAGUCAACACUGUCUGUUCAAUUGCCAAAAUAAUAUCAUAAGUAAAUCAAAGUGACUAUAGCUUACAGAAUCAUAUAAGACGGGAAGUGGCAUGUGUACCAUCUUCGGACAAAAAAACAAACAAACAUUCAGAGUGAGUUAUCGGUUGUUAUGUUUUGUAUUUUUGUACAUUACAAAAAAAAGCACUAAAUGAUGCCUUCACAAAAAAAUAUGUUUAAGAUUUGAGGCGGACGGCAGAGUAACUGUCUUUCGUCUAUAGCAUGCAUGUGAGACAACUUUUAGAAUCUGUCAUGUCCUUUUGGUCCAAACACAUUAAUAAUAAUGAAAUCUCCGAAUUAAUGAUAAAACUAAAAGGCUAAAAAAAAAAAAAAGAAGAGAGAAGUCUGUUUAAAGUCUUAGUGUGGGUCUGUGUAUACGGUACAUCCUACAUGCUAAUCCAGUACCGGCCUCCACCAGAGGUGUGUGUAUUAACCCGGCUAACCUUUAAAAGUGCCGCGGCACUGUUGCAAAGUACCAAUGGAUUUUCCUGCUAGCUUCAUGUAUACACUUAAGAUCCGCCAGGCGGUACUGUAUUGUAUAUAGUAUUUAUAUUAUUGUGAACAUUCAUCAUUUAGUGGUGGUUUAUGUUUACCUGUACAAACGUUUCUGUUUCCUUCUUCUUAUUUUUUUUAAUACGACAAGGGCUUCACUUUUAUUUUCUCGAUCUCACCUGUAGCCAUACACUGGUAGUAUUACUUAUGAUUUGGGCAUUUUGCUGUUGCCUUAUACGGUUUCGCUCAUCCAUUAUCAUUCCUGAUGUAACCCUAUAGAUAUGUGGGUUGAUUUAACUAUUUUUUUUUCAAUAUUAUAUUAUAUAUAUUAUUUUUAUUUGCAUCCAGUUAGAAGGAGAUCAUUCGUUUGAGCAAGAAAGACAAGUUUUGAGCCUUAGGAAACAACAGAUUUUCAUUUCAAAUACAUGCACUUUGUUCUAGGUUAUGACAAGGAAACGUAUGGUUCACCACAUCCUGAAGUAAGGAAUGAGACAUAUGAUUGUCGUAUCCACGUCAUAUAUGCUGUGUAGUGAAGCUCUCAUAGUCUCCCGCACAUGUCGAAUGGAUGUGUAGAUUAAGAUUGAAAACGUUAGCUGUAAGUGAACACUUUCAUCUCAGAGAAUCCCGAAACACCAAGACCUUUUUAUUAAAACAGCACUGAGCUGAGAGAAUGUACCCGCCUGAAGUCCACUUCUGCUUUUAUUGCAACAGUACGUUCAAGAAAAGUGAGUUGUUUACAAACCUCUGGAGAAACAUAGUAUCUUUAAUAUUUAAAGUUUUAUUUGUCGUUUUACUUUUGAAUUGUUUACAUAAAUGCACUGAUUAACACCACUGAUUGUAUAGAGAUUCAUUUAGGAUAUAUUAGGUAUUUAUAAUAUAUUUAACGUUAGUGCGAGUUUCUUUCCGGUGCCAAUAACUCUAUUAAUUCAAAGAAAACUGGACAUGAGGAAUAACUGUGACUGAAUUGUUUGGUGUUGGAAGAGAGCCGCUGAUAUUCAUUGCGGGGAGGUUUUGCAUUGACGGGGCACGAAGUAUGUCAUCUUUCACAUUUCUCAAGCCUCUGUUUAGCCUUUGCUUUGUCAACUUUCACUUUUUGUACACUAGUUGUGCCUUCUGUUAUUGUGGCAUCACAAUGCAAAGCUUUCAUUGUACGGCUACCUUGAGAACACAUACGUUAUUGAAAGGUGGUCACAGACCGGUCGGCCAGACAGCUGACGGAUUUAUGAUGUUGAUUGGUGAUUAAAUAGUCGUGUUCACGCCAUCUAGCCAGUUCACAGCGGUCCGAGUUGCAGAAGAGGAAGGUUGUGUGUAAGAACAGGAAGUCGCCGCUGAUUGCGGGAAGGGAUUGAAUCUGUCAAAGUUGUUGCCAUAGGGUUGUGUAGAGCAGUGUAGUUGGCUCUUUAUUCACUCUGUAAGGACAUUUAUGAGCAUGACAUCUGUCUGAAAAAAAAAUCAAUAAAAUUCAUGUCUUAAUACCA